AUGAGCCCUGACGUCGGUGGGUUUUUAGAAAACUCGCAAGCACCUGCAACUAAAGCAGCUGCCGCACCUGCAACUAAAGCAGUUGCCGCACCUGCAACUAAAGCAGCUGCCGCACCUGCAACUAAAGCAGCUGCCGCACCUGCUACUAAAGCAGCUGCCGCACCUGCUACUAAAGCAGCUGCCGCACCUGCUACUAAAGCACCUGCCGCACCUGCUACUAAAGCACCUGCCGCACCUGCUACUAAUGCACCUGCCGCACCUGCUACUAAAGCACCUGCCGCACUUGCUACUAAUGCACCUGCCGCACCUGCUACUAAAGCACCUGCCGCGCCUGCUACUAAAGCACCUGCUACUUCAAACACACCUGUCGCACUUGCUACUUCAAAGGCACUUGUCGCUCCUGCUACUUCAAAAGCACCUGUUGCAUCUGCCGCUAUUGUUCCUGUUACUUUAAAAGCACCUGCUACUUCAAAAGCACCUGCCGUAUCUGCUGCUGUCGCUCAUGUUACGUCAGAAGCACCUGUUACGACACCUAAAAUGACAUCAUAUGUGGUGCCUAAACCAUUGGUUUCUAAUAAGAAUGCAGUGACUAAAGGAUCUGCAACUCCAAUAAUCGCACCACAAACUCAAUUAACGACAACUAUUAAUCAGUGCGCAAAUACAAAAGAUUGCAAUAUCGACACUAGUGAAACGGCUACUGGAAAGACAUUUACGCAUACAACCACAAAUGAUCAAAAUACUAUUGAAACUAUUUAUUCAAAUUCAGAUAAAACAAUUAACUCUAAAACAAUAACAAAAUUCAUAACUACAACAUUUAUACGAACUAUUACCCAAGUAUGUCCAGGGUAUACAACAACUAUAACUACUUCAAUCAAUGGCGAGCUAACGACGUUCCAAACCUAUUACCCGCCAAGUACUAUCAUUGUGUUGCAACCAGUGACUGCUGCCUUACCUGCAGAAGAUAAUAUCUUAGUGGCAUCUGGUAAUAUUCACACUUUUAAUUUGAAUGAUAAUACUGGAUUAAUAAAUAUUGUUUGGAGUUUGUGGGUUAUAUCUUGGAGUUUAGUAUAUAUGAUUUUAAUUUAA